AUGAACCCGAUCUGGAGCAGGAUCGCGGAGGCUCUGCCCAUGUGGUUGGCGCCGAAUCUGGUCACCGUUAUUGGCUUCGUGCCUUUGUGCGUCGUUUUCGUGGCAUCGUGGUACAGCGACCCCUUCUUUGGCCAAGCUCCGCCUCGAUGGCUGUCUUUCAGCUGGUGCGGUACAAUGCUGUUCUACCAGACGAUGGACGCUGUUGAUGGCAAGCAAGCUCGCCGCACCGGCUCCUCUUCGCCAUUGGGCCAGCUUUUCGACCAUGGCCUUGACUGUGUGUCGAACUUGCUGCAGCACGCGGCCGUGGCGUCGAUCGCAUGCAGCAGCAGCAUGCCCUGGAUAUUGUUCUCGAUGGAAUCUAUGAUGAUCGGCUUUCUGCUGGCAGCGUGGCAGGAGUACCACACCGGCGUGUUCCCCACGGCGGCCGGUGAAGUGGGCGUCACUGAGUGUCAGUUCAGCGUGAUGUCGACGAUGCUGCUGGCUGGUGUACUUGGUCCAGAGGUGUGGCAAGGCUUUUUGCUGGCGGCACCUGACAGCCUUCUACUUAAGGCGACUGCAGCUGUCGUUUGCGCCAUGUGGGUGGCGCCAGUGGUUACCACCCUCAAAGCUGCUGGACCCAUCGCGAUACAGGAGCUGGUGCCGAUAGCCGCCACUUUCGUUGCUGCUCGAUUCUGGCAGCCUGAGUUGCUGGCCUCUUCGCCACGCCUUGUGCUGCUACUCACGGGGUUGAACCUCUUCUGGAUGAACAUACAGCUCAUCGUGUUCACCAUGGCGAGGAUGCCUUACUCCCCGGCCCAAUGGUGCGUGCUACCUUUCGUGGCUUCAGUGGGUGCAUCUUGGGCACUACCUGUUUCGACAGCAAGAAGCCUUCUCAUCUUCCACACCCUUGUUUUCGGGAGCUGGCUGCUGGUGUGGAAUGCAUCGGUGGUGCAGCAGCUCAAGCUGAAAUUGGGAGUGUCCAUGUUUUCCAUCAAGAAAUGCUCUUGA